AUGGCUGCACGCUGCGCCUCUUCUCCAUCCCCUUCCGCGCGCCCUCGUGGCCACGCGCUCUCGCCCGCACCUAGCAGCGAGCCUACGCGAAGCAGCGGUGGCAUCCUCGCGGAAGGCAGCAGCAAGCUGCGAGCCGCGUGCGCGCGUCACCUGCGCCCAAGCAGCAGCUCCAGCGCCCAUCUCCAUCGUCCCGCGCGACGCGCGUGCGGCGAACGCAACUGGAAGCAGCACAUCAGCUGGCGGCGCCGCGCGCCCCUGGCAGCAGCAAAGCUUGCGUGCGCGCGACCUCGUCCGGCUGGGCCCUCGAGGCCAUCGUCCGACUGCGACUUCGUCGCCUCGUCCGGCUGCGUCUUCGCCGCCUCGUCCGGCUGCGCCUCGUCCGGCUGCGCCUUCGUCGUCUCGUCCGGCUGCGCCUUGUCCGGCUGCGACUUCGUCGCCUCGUUCGGCUGCGCCUUGUCCGGCUGCGACUUCGUCGCCUCGUCUGGCUGUGCCUUCGUCGCCUCGUCCGGCUGCGCCUUCUGCGCCUCGUCCGGCUGCGCCUCGUCCGGCUGCGCCUUCGUCGUCUCGUCCGGCUGCGCCUUCGUCGCCUCGGCCGGCUGCGCCUUGUCCGGCUGCGACUUCGUCGCCUCAUCCGGCUGCGCCUUCGCCGCACCGGCCGGCUGCGCCUCAGCCUCGUCCCGCCGCCUCGUCCGGCUGCGCCCUCGCCGCCUCGUCCGGCUGCGCCUUCGCGCCUCGUCCGGCUGCGCCUUCGUCGCCUCGUCCGGCUGCGCCUUCGCCGCCUCGUCCGGCUGCGCCUUCGCCGCCUCGUCCGGCUGCGCCUUCGUCGCCUCGGCCGGCUGCGCCUUGUCCGGCUGCGACUUCGUCGCCUCAUCCGGCUGCGCCUUCGCCGCACCGACCGGCUGCGCCUCAGCCUCGUCCCGCCGCCUCGUCCGGCUGCGCCCUCGCCGCCUCGUCCGGCUGCGCCUUCGCGCCUCGUCCGGCUGCGCCUUCGUCGCCUCGUCGGCUGCGCCUUCAUCGCCUCGUCCGGCUGCGCCUUCGCCGCCUCGUCCAGGCUGCGCCUUCGCCGCCUCGUCCGGCUGCGCCUUCGCGCCUCGUCCAGCUGCGCCUUCAUCGCUGCGCCUUCGCCGCCUCGUCCGGCUGCGCCUUCGCCACCUCGACCGGCUGCGCCUUCGCCGCACCGUCCGGCUGCGCCUCAGCCUCGUCCCGCCGCCUCGUCCGGCUGCGCCCUCGCCGCCUCGUCCGGCUGCGCCUCGCCGCCAUCAUCCGGGACCCUCCCCGCGACUCGACCGCUAUUCGAGUCCCACGUAG